AUGGACACUGGCCUAGUGCAGCCCAUGAAGCUGGCUCAGGCCACCAAGGUUUUGGACCAGUGCACCCAGGUGUGUGUGGAGUUCAUGGAAGACACGAGCUGCUCCAUCAUCCAUAACGUGAAAGGCCCCGUGCAGGAGGGAAACGUGCUCACCCUGCUUGAGCAGGAACACAAGGCCCGGAGGCUUUGGUGA